GCCAUAUUGAAGGUUACGUCAUCGAUGUUGCCCCAGUUCAGAAAAGUACCCAUUAUAACAUUGGCAGUUAUUCAUCGUAAGGCGUACAUUACUGUAACUUAUUUAUCAUUUUGGAAUGCAGUGGUUACAUUUCUGACAUGAGGCGACCUCAAUGACGUAGGCGGCCGACAUAAGUGACCUCCGGAGGGCGCAGCCACACAGAAGUUGUUCUUCAUCUCCACAAAAGUUGAAGUAGGGUGGUAUUCCCCAUAGCUACACCCAGCCGAAAACAUUACCUGAAACACGAAAUAACAUCAACAGUAAUAUAUAUAUAGAUAUAUUUUACGGAUAUGGCUUGCGAAGUCUCGCUGGAUGACCAGAUUGGAGAAGCACUCUUAAUCGGGGUGGUAAGACAUGAGGUGACGAGCGUAGCAGCCGAAGUGCAUGCAGCCCCACCAGCCCUUCCUGAAGCUCGACCAAUAAGCAACUGCCAGGACCAAAAGCUUGUUGAACAGUUGGCGGAGACCAUCAAAGUGAUCGGUGAUAGGCUCGAUCAGGAUAAAUCAUUCAAUGACAUGAUUGAUGGCUUAGUAAAAGUGGCUGAUAAAAGAAGUUUCUGGGAACUUGUGGAAAAGGUUUUCACAGAUGGCCAGAUCAACUGGGGGAGAAUUAUAGUGCUGUUCUAUUCAGUUGGAAAACUGUCUGCAAAGAUGGUCCUUGCACACUUACCCACAAUUGUUUCAGAUAUUUUGAUCUUAAGUCUGGAUUACUUCAGGAGGAAUCUGUUGGAAUGGAUUCGCAAAAUGGGAGGAUGGAUGCACAGUAUCCCUGCGCUGGCCUGUUUCUCCUUUGAGCAAUUUUCUGGUUCUUCACUUAGUAAAUAUUCUUCCUAUUUCGGAGCCGCAUUGACCUUCACUGGUGGCCUACUGCUAGGUGGCUUCAUCGUCUUGAAAUUUCCAAGAAAUAGCUAAGAGAAAGAAAAUGAAGAUGCUGCAACAGAAGUGUCCAUAACACUGACCUUGAGAGAAACCAUGUAGCUUAUAUCUGUAUUUUGUCAUUUGCCCCUUUUUUAUUGUAAUAUGCCUUAUAUAUAUAUAUAUAUAUAUAGAAUGUAUUUAUACUGUUUUGUAAGAAAACAUUUAAUAUGGUAAUGCUAAUUGAUUUAAAGAAAGGUACAUGUUUAUUCAGGAUCAGGACAGAUUGUAGGGAUAAAACUGAGCCUAAGCUUUUUAUUGAUAAUUAUCAUAUGACACACAUUAGUAGUUUUGUAUAGUCUGGCUUGUCCUCUUCCUUGUACAUUUAAGUAUUGUGCACUGAAUGUGAUUAAAG